AUUCAAACUUCAGGGAUGAAUUUACAUACAUGUACUUACCCGUUUUUGUUUGCUAUGCUUUUUCUUUAUGCAGGAGCAUUUGACCCAUUGGAUCCCAAUGGUAACAUAACAAUUAAAUGGGACAUUAUGUCAUGGACUCCAGAUGGUUACAUGGCAGUAGUGACAGUUGCCAACUUCCAGAUGUAUCGUCACAUAAUGAGCCCCGGAUGGACAAUCGGAUGGACAUGGGCUAAGAAAGAAGUAAUAUGGUCUAUGGUCGGAGCUGAAGCCACCGAUCAAGGAGAUUGUUCGAAGUUCAAAGGAAAUAUUCCACAUUGUUGUAAGAGAAAUCCUGCAAUUGUUGACUUGCUUCCUGGAGCACCCUAUAAUCAACAGAUUUCUAAUUGCUGCAAAGGUGGCGUAGUUUCGUCUUUCGGACAAGACCCUUCUACUUCUGCUUCUGCUUUUCAGCUUAGUGUUGGGGUUUCUGGUACUUCUAAUAAAACUGUCAGACUGCCUAAGAACUUCACUUUGCUCGGUCCUGGACAAGGGUACACUUGCAGCCAAGCUACUGUUGUUAGGCCCUCCAUGUUUCUGUCGUCUGAUGGCCGCCGAGAAACUCAGGCCAUGAUGACAUGGAAUGUGACGUGUACUUAUUCACAAAUGCUAGCUUCUCCAAACCCAACCUGCUGCCUAUCAAUGUCAUCUUUCUAUAAUUCUACGAUAACGCCUUGUCCAGCAUGUUCCUGCGGCUGUCAGAACAAGAACAAUUGCGUCGCGAGUGACUCGAACAUUCUAAGCGUUACAGAACUAAACAAACCAACAAAUGAUAACAACCCAUUACUGCUGUGUACACAACAUAUGUGUCCUGUCAGAGUGCACUGGCAUGUAAAACUAAACUACAGGGAUUACUGGCGAGUCAAGAUUACGAUUACCAACUUCAACUUCCUCGUAAAUUAUACGCAAUGGACUCUCGUAGUUCAGCAUCCAAAUCUCAACAAUCUCACUCAAGUUUUCAGCUUCAAUUAUAAACCCCUCAUUCCAUAUCCAUCCACAAAUGAUUCAGGAAUGUUUUACGGGAUAAAAUUCUACAACGAUGUAUUGACGGAAGCCGGACCAGACGGAAAUGUGCAGACAGAAUUGCUUCUGAAGAAGGAUUUGAACACUUUCACAUAUAAACAGGGUUGGGCUUUUCCUAGAAAAGUAUACUUCAAUGGUGAUGAAUGCCAAAUGCCACUUCCUGAUGAAUAUCCAUUUCUGCCUAAUUCUGCACCUCUAAAUUUGCUUGCAUUGUCAAAUAUGGUGCUGACCCUUUUGCUUGUGGUGAUCUUUGGAUUAUAAAGAUAAAAUUGAAGGUAUAAAUUUUA